AUGGGGAAUGAAAGUGGGAAACUCUUUUGUAGUGAAAGUGGCGUUUGUCCAAAGGCGACUGUCCAGCAUGGAGUUGAGAACGAGCUUCUGGAUGAGGCAUCAGCCUGUGAUUCAGCCGGGGCUGUUUUUAGCGAAACCCUCGAGGAACUGAAUGAAGUCGACCGGCUACUGCUGUUGUUCUCUGCAAGUCGAAAUCUCGCAGGUGUGCGAUGGCUGGUCAGGCUGGGUGCAAAUCUUGAGGCUUGCGAUACCAACGGCACCACUUGUCUUCACACAGCCUGCCGCAGUGGCUCUGUGGCCAUUGUCACAGAACUGCUUGCGCAAAGAAAGCUGGCAAUCGAUGCGUGUGAUGCUGCUGGCUGGACAGCUCUGCACGUUGCACUGUUUAUGGGCAGGCGUCACAUCAGUGUGAUGCUGAUGCAGCGCGGGGCGAACCCGACGAUUUCCAACGGGCGUGGCCAAAAGGCUGUGGAACUGUGCAGCGACGUUUGGCUCCGCGAGGCCAUCGGUAGCUACACUGAGCACUGGGAACGGCAAGGGCAAAAACGAGGCUGGACACCUCCUACGCCUCAGCCUGACGAUGUGGAGGUAUCCUCAAAGCUUCGCUUCGAGCCUUUCUUUGUGCCGCGGAAUGCGAUCAUGAAGGAAGGAAAGGAAGGAGCCAGCGAUUUGCAGAAGCUGAGCGAAGUCAUUUUCAACCAAAGGCCAGGCCAAGGACUGGCAUUUAUUGUUGCGACGGGCUGCAUCCGCGAUUUCCCUGUGGAGCUCAGCACAUUCUUGGGCCAACAAGGUGUGUCUUCAGCCCAAGUUGGGCAAUUCUUGGGAGAAGACUUUGCUUUGUCCCAGACGUUGCGACUGGAAUUCAUCAACUCAGUGCGGCUAAUAGGUACCGGCGUGGUGUCGUGCCUUGCCAAGGUUUUCAAAACGAUUGUCAUCCCGACUGAAAUGGUCAAAAUAGAUCGUUUGGUAGAUGGCAUCGCCCAAAUCUGGUGGAGGCAGCACGAGCAGCUUGUCAAGAAGGAGGCAGAAGAGCCUCCGCGUCAGAGGGAUGAGGAGCCUGAAGUACAUGGACUUCAGUUGAUGAGAUGUCUUGGCAACUAUGAUGUGUUGCAUCAGCUGAUGUUUGCCACCAUCCUGUUGCACUGGAAUUUGUAUGCUCCUCUUCCUCCUUCGCAGCGAGUGACAGCUGAAGAAUGGCUGGAGAUUAGUUCAGGUAUCCUCCCUGAAGAACAGGAGGGCGAUGUGGACUUGAAGCAAGUCCAACUCCUGAUCUACAAAGCCACCAGCCACAACUUUUACCCCCAACUGGAGAUUUGGAAGGCCCGAUCUCCGAGUCCGAUCCAGGCAUUGCCACCGGAUGCUUCGGCAUGGGCACGUAUCGUCGUUGGGUUUCCUUCGCUUGCUUUGGCAGGCGCUCAGAGGGUGGCCAACUACCGCCACUUGCGGAGCAUCUUGAGCGAAAGCGCCGGUCCUCGGACUGGGCACUUGGCCAGUCCUUCGCCCAGCCGGGAAGGACCUACGCACAUGCCUGCGCCGAUUCGAGCCCGUGCUGCACGUCUUCAAACGGGCUUUGGCCUUGAGGAUCCUGACGACAGCCUGUAUGGUUUUCAGGAGUCUCCUGGCCCUGUGGGUGGUCGUGUGUGGCUUGCCCUUCAUGGGCCAUUGCUUUUUCUAGCUGCUGGUCCUGAGCCCUGGGCACCGUAUGCCUUCAUGCGUGUGGCUGACAUGUCU